UAUCGCGAAUAUUAUGUCUAUAAUGAACCGAAUAAUAUUGUUAAAAAGGAAAGUUUAAAGUGGCUUGGAAGGUGGCAAGUGAAUAGGAAUAUUUUUGUUAUUAAAUAAAACUAUUUAAAAGCCAAAAUGCGCACUCUUAUUCAUUUAUCGCAUCAUGACCGUGAACAAAAACACCAAGAGUAACAAGAAGAAAACCGGCAGCAAUCAGCAGCAAGCUUCUACUAGCGCGUCGACUAGUUCAUCCACCCAAAAAACAUCCACAACAUCGAAAAAAGUGGUUUCUUCGAGUAAGUCUGACCAGCAUACCGGUGGUGUAUCGAAAUCCUCAUCAUCAUCCAGCUUACAAAUAUCAGACGUCUCGCAUUUACCGGUAAAUGCUAACGUGGUAAGCUACACAGUGACAGAAAUGCUACCAACAGGUUCUGGUGAAAAAAUCACCAUGUACAAAGACAGUGGAGCCACUAGCACCGAAUACAGACACUUCAUAGCCCAAGACACUGCUUCCAGCAGCAACUCCACAUCAAUACAACAAAUCAGUUCCACCCUUAACGAGUCCACAUCCAACUUGUCAUGUGCCUCCGGGUCAACUUACACAGUCACAGAACCCAGAGAAGAGUUUAAGUUAACUUACAACAAAAACGACUCUGGAUGGAACGGAAAAUUCGUUGUGGAAGAACCCUCGACUCCCAAAGGGAAAAAAUCUUCUGUAGUGGAGCAAAGCAGCACCUCAACCUCUCACCAAGCACGCUCAUCAAUAGCAAAAAGCUCAUCAAGCAGCUAUGUGAUCGAAAUCGUAGACGGUAAGGAACGUAUUGUAGAUCAAAAGCACCAUGAGAGUGCACAUGCCGAAGCCUCCAGUAAUGAUGAAUAUCUGGCUUCACGGUCCGGCACCAACAUAACCCCUGAGGUACACUUCAAGCAAAAAUCUACAGAAAGUGCCAGCAAAUAUGAUUCGAGUGUACCAGAACUGAAACAGCCUAAAGGAUACAGCAUCGAAGCUCAACGUGAGGUGCACCAAGUGGGAGAUCACGUGACAACCUCACAAAGUCAGGUAAAAGAAAAUAUUUCCACUUUAUUAACGCAUGACAGUAAAAACGCUUUAAAAGAUAAAACCAGAAGCCAUUUAACGGCUUCCACGCAUGACAGCAAAAACUCCUUAAAAAACAAAACCAAAGAUUUCAUCAGCAGCGAGAAAACCGACACGAAUCUCAAAAGCAAACAUUUGACAGACAAAACAAGCGAACUCAAGCAGUCUACGACUAAAAAACAAUCAUCAACUGACCAGAGGAGUAUGAAAAAAGACUCCUCCAUCUCCGAAAACGUUAGCAAAUCGUCAAAAAACUUAGGACAAACCGAAACCGUGACCACCACCUACACCUACUACGACUCCAAAGGAAAUGUGAUCAAAACCCUGACUGAUGUGGACACCCACGAGAUUCCCGGAAGUGCGACGAGCGAAACUGUGAACAUAUCCAGCAAAGAUAGCAAACACGACCAGUCCAAACGAACGACCUACUACGUAGAUGAAAGUUCAGAUUCAAAAAACUUCUACGGCCGCAACGUAGACGCGAGCGACACCACGGUGACCCACGUCCACGACACCAACGCCGUUCAAAACGUCACAGGCACAACCGAAACAGUUAUCCACAAAGCUCUUACUACCGAUACCAAGGAUGCUGUGUACUCCAAUGAACGUAGAUUACCUUCAAGAGGCGGCCCUAGAGAUUCUUCUACACCUUCCAGUGACAGAUCUACAACCACGGUAUAUGUUGAUGAAAACUACGUUGACACUAAUAAAAUGAGGCAGUCUCAAACAUCUACCAACACAAAAGACUUUUAUGGGCACAGCGUGGAUUCCAGAACAACCAUGGUAGAUCACAUUUAUGAUUCCAAGGCUACCCAGAACACUAUUGGGUCUUCUGGAACAGUUCUUAAAGACCAUAUGGUGGACUCUAAGGAUGUGAUUUAUUCCAAUGAUAGAAAUUAUGGAAAAACUGGAUGGAAUGGACAGUUUACUUACGAAAAGCCACAGCAACCCAGACGAGGUAGCCCGAGCCCUAUGCGAAAGAGGCCUGAAUCACCUUCUGGCAGAUCUCCUAAGAAAAUGCCCGACGACCAAUCACUAAAACGUACUCCCUCUAGUGAUAGAGCAUCAAAAAGGGAACCUUCUACUGACAUAUCUACUACUACAGUAUAUGUAGAUGAAAACUACGUGGACACUAAUAAAAUAAGACAGUCUCAAACAUCUACCAACACAAAAGACUUUUAUGGGCACAGUGUGGACUCUAAAACAACCUUGGUGGAUCAUGUUUAUGAUUCCAAGGCUACCCAGAACACUAUCGGAUCAUCUGGAACGGUUCUUAAAGACCAUAUGGUUGACUCAAAGGAUGUGAUUUACUCCAACGAUAGAAAUUAUGGAAAAACUGGAUGGAAUGGACAGUUUACUUAUGAAAAGCCACAGCAGCCUAGCAAAGGAAGCCCAAGUCCCAUAAGAAAGAGACCUGAAUCACCAUCUGACAGGUCUCCUAAGAAAAUUCCCAGUGACCAAUCUCCAAAACGUACUCCCUCUAGUGAUAGAGCACCAAGAAGGGAACCUUCUACUGACAGAUCUACAACUACAGUAUAUUUAGAUGAAAACCACGUGGACACUAAUAAGAUAAGACAGUCCCAAGCGGCUACAAACACCAAGGAUUUUUAUGGCCACAGUGUAGACUCAAGAACAACGAUGGUGGAUCAUGUUUAUGAUUCUAAGGCGACCCAAAACACUAUUGGGUCUUCUGGAACGGUUCUUAAAGACCAUAUGGUGGAUUCAAAGGAUGUGAUUUAUUCUAACGAUAGGAAUUAUGGAAAAACUGGAUGGAAUGGACAGUUUACUUAUGAAAAGCCGCAGCAACCCAGAAGGGGAAGCCCAAGUCCAGUGAGGAAAACGACUGAUAAAGGAAAACGGCUGGAGUCACCAUCCAAAGGUUCUCCUAAAAAAAUGCCCAGUGACCAAUCACCAAAACGUACGCCCUCUAGUGACAGAGCAUCAAGAAGAGAACCUUCUACUGACAGAUCUACAACGACAGUAUAUGUAGAUGAAAACUACGUGGACACAAAUAAGAUAAGACAGUCUCAAACCGCUACAAACACCAAGGACUUUUAUGGCCAUAGCAUAGACUCAAGAACAACCAUGGUAGAUCAUGUUUAUGAUUCUAAGGCCACCCAGAACACUAUUGGGUCUUCUGGAACGGUUCUUAAAGACCAUAUGGUGGAUUCAAAGGAUGUGAUUUAUUCUAACGAUAGAAAUUAUGGGAAAACUGGAUGGAAUGGACAGUUCACUUAUGAAAAACCCCAGAAGCCUAAAGGUGAUAAAUCACCUGAGCGAAAGCCGGAUUCGCGAAAGCGACCUGAGGAGUCUCCGAGUAGAAGACCAAAACAACCUGAUGGCACAAAACCUGGUGAUAAACCAACACCAGCAACAAGAAAAGGACCUAAGGGAACCACAGAUUUCCUCUCAACAGAGAUUCAAGAGAACAUCAAUCAAUUCACCGAUAUUGUUGAUACCAAUGUAACAGUAAUUAAGGACUCUAAGACGUUUGUAGAUCAAAAAUUCACUGACACUGUCCUGGAUGAAACUUUUAUUAUUAAAGAUGGCCAAAGAAUUCCAAAAGAUCGUACACCAACUGACAAAGUCAUUUCUACUAUUAGAAUCCCUCUGACUGAUUCUAAAACAGUCGUGGAAAACUACGAAACCACUUCCAAGUUCUCUGAUACAAGAACUUCAAUCACUAAAGACUCCCAGACGUUCGAAGACCAUCAGAGUUCUACUGAACAUUAUUCUACGCAUGACACUUGGGACAGUUCGAAGCCAGGAGGUCCAAAGGGCCCCAAAAAAGGACCUCUGGAUGUUGUGGAGGUUAUUGUUGAUGAUAAAAUCACUCGAGAUCAAAAGAUCUCGUCUACAGAUGUUACAGAAGAUAUCAGCUUUAAGACUUCAGUGGAUCAGAAGUUUACUACUGAGAAGUUGUCGACGACUGAUGUGAGGAGCGAUACUAAAGUGGUCAAAGAUGUGAAGACGUUCGAUUCUGUGGACAGGGUGGACAAGACGUUUGUGAGGGAAGAUAUUGUGGAUAUCAAGGAUAUUACCGAAGUAGAAAACAUCACGAACAUCAACAAAAUAACCGACAACAAAGUGAUCAACAUCGUGAAAACCAUCAAAGAAAAACCGGAACCACGAAAAGUAAAAGUGCCAUUAAAAGAGCAGUGCAUUUGCGAAUUAUGUACUUGCGGACGCCACUGCUGCCCUCACAACCCAGAAGAUUACAAUGACCAUCUGCACCCCGAGGGUCCCAUUUACGCCAAACCUAAAGACGAAUAUAACGCAACCAAAGGCGAAAGAUUCCCCAUUAAAAAGCCUGAGGAUCACUUACAUCCAGAAGGUGAUUUUGUUAAGAGGGAACCGGAACCAUGGAGGCCAGGCGAGAGGGCUCCUGUGAAAAAACCCCAGGAUAAUUUAAAGCCUGAAGGUGAAUUCGAAAAACGUCAACCGGAAGAAUGGAAACCAGGUGACAGGGCCCCUGUAAAGAAGCCCCAAGACCAUUUAAGACCCGAGGGUGAUUUUGAGAAAAGAACCCCAGAGAAGUGGCAACCUGGCGAUAGACCUCAACCGAAGAAACCUUUGGAUAAUUUGAAACCUGAAGGAGAUUUUGAAAGACCAAGACCAGAAGAAUGGCGUCCAGGUGACCGCGCCCCCGUCCGAAAACCAACCGACAACCUCCGACCGGAAGGCGACUUUGACCGACCGGAAAAACCCGGAUACCGACCAGCAGACCGACCCACUCCGAAGAAACCCGAGGAUAAUCUGAGACCAGAAGGAGACUUUGAAAAACGCUCUCCGGAGAAGUUUAUUCCUGCGGAGCGACCUCAGCAGAGACGUCCCGAGGAUAAUCUGAGACCAGAGGGAGAUUUCGAGAGACCUGAAAAGCCUGGAUUCAGACCUGCCGAGAGGCCAAAGCAGAAACGACCUGAAGAUAACCUAAGACCUGAGGGAGAUUUUGAAAAGCGUACUCCUGAGAAGUUUGUGCCAGCAGAGAGACCUCAACAAAAACGUCCCGAGGAUAAUCUAAGACCAGAGGGAGAUUUCGAGAGACCUGAGAAGCCUGGAUUUAGACCUGCCGAGAGGCCAAAGCAGAAACGACCUGAAGAUAAUCUAAGACCUGAGGGAGACUUUGAAAAGCGUACUCCUGAGAAGUUUGUGCCAGCAGAGAGGCCCAAACAGAAGAAACCACAAGACAAUCUUAAGCCGGAGGGUGACUUUGAGCUACCGGAACCAGAAAAAUGGGUACCAGCAGACAGACCACAACAAAAACGUCCCGAAGACAACCUUCGACCAGAAGGAGACUUCGAAAGACCAUCGAAGCCUGAUUACCAACCAGGCGAGCGUCCUGUAGCAAGGAAACCUCAAGACAACUUGCGUCCUGAAGGAGAUUUCGUCAAACGCACUGUCGAAGACUACAGAGUCAUCAGAGGAGAUCGGGCCGAAAUAAUUCGACAUGAAGACAAUAUUACUUUUGGUGGGGAAUUUACUGACAUAACUACCACAAAAGUUGACUUCACCGGGGAACUUGUGGAAAGACCAACUCCAGUGCGUCGCAACACGUUCACCAGACUCGAGGGCGAGUUCACUUCAGAUACAACAAACAAAUCUGAAUUUUUGGACUACAGUACGACCGUAGAACGCACCACCAUCCAAAAGAAACGCGAUAACCUCACAGUUGAGGGAGACAUGACGUUCGACACUUCUACCACCCUCGAGUACACCGAAAAAGUACCCGAAGUUGAAAGACGUAGAAGAACCUGGACAAGGGACGAUGUUGAUAAGUUCUACUCAACUCAAAACACCGAAGUCACCACCACUAGCCAGGACGUUUACAAGACCUUUGACAGCAAGGACAUACGACAAACAGUGGUGGUACAUAGAGACAACUUAAGACCUGAGGGGCCUUUUGAAGGCACCCCCAAGUCCAAAGACGACUACACCCCAAAGCUGGCCGAGAGACCUACCCCCAAGAAACCCACUGACAACUUAAAGCCCGAGGGUGAAUUUGAAAAGAGAACACCUGAAAAGUUUAUCCCUGCCGAUCGGCCUCAACAAAAAAGACCGGAGGACAAUUUGAGACCCGAAGGAGAUUUCGAGAGGCCACAGAAACCUAAAUACAAACCGGCGGAACGUCCUACUGCAAAGAAACCCGAAGACAACCUACGGCCAGAAGGGGAUUUCGAAAAACGUACUCCAGAGAAGUUCGUUCCAGUAGAGAGACCUCAACAGAAACGCCCUGAGGAUAAUUUGAGACCUGAGGGUGAUUUCGAAAGACCUGAGAAGCCUGGAUACAGACCCGCUGAGAGGCCAAAACAGAAACGACCUGAGGAUAAUCUGAGACCUGAGGGAGAUUUUGAAAAACGCACACCAGAGAAGUUCGUUCCAGCAGAGAGACCUCAGCAGAAACGCCCGGAGGAUAAUUUAAGACCUGAGGGUGAUUUCGAAAGACCUGAGAAGCCUGGAUACAGACCGGCUGAGAGGCCAAAGCAGAAACGACCUGAAGAUAAUCUCAAGCCUGAGGGAGACUUCGAAAAAAGGACUCCAGAGAAAUUCAUCCCAGCUGACAGGCCGAAGCAGAAGAAGCCUGUGGAUAAUCUUAAACCCGAAGGAGAAUUUGAGAAACGUACUCCUGAGAAGUUCGUACCAUCAGAGCGUCCCAAGCAAAUACGUCCCGAUGAUAAUUUAAGACCGGAAGGUGAAUUCCAACGACCUGAACGUCCUGAAUACGUCCCGGCCGAACGGCCGAAGCAAAAACGCCCUGAGGACAACUUGCGUCCAGAAGGAGACUUCGAGAGACCCUCCCCAACCAAAAUUAGUCCGGCAGAACGAAGACGCCCGAUUAAACACGAAGACAAUCUCCAACCCGAAGGAGACUUUGAACGUCCGGAGAAGCCAAGAUACCAACCAGCAGAGAGGCCUCAGCAAAAGAGACCAGAAGAUAACCUCAGACCUGAGGGAGACUUUGAGAAACGCACUCCGGAGAAGUUUGUGCCGGCUGAAAGGCCUAAACAGAAACGACCUGAGGACAACUUGAGGCCCGAGGGUGAUUUUGAGAGGCCAGAGAAAACCGGAUUCAGACCUGCUGAAAGACCGAAGCAGAAACGACCAGAAGAUAAUCUGAGACCCGAGGGAGAUUUUGAAAAACGUACUCCUGAAAAGUUCGUACCCGCUGAGAGGCCUCAACAGAAACGCCCCGAGGAUAAUCUGAGACCUGAGGGUGAUUUCGAGAGACCCGCCCCAACAAAAGUCGGUCCGGGUGAACGUAGAUCUCCCAUUAAGCCCGACGACAACUUGCGUCCAGAAGGUGACUUCCAACGUCCGGAAAAGACUCAAUAUCGACCAGCUGAUCGACCAAGUCCAGUUAAACCCUCGGAUAAUCUUAAACCCGAAGGUGACUUUGAAAAACGCACUCCGGAGAAAUGGCAACCGGGCGAGAGGGCUCCCGUACGCAAACCACAAGAUAACUUACGACCUGAGGGUGAGUUUGAUGUACCUGACAGACCAGAAUUUAUCCCGGCGGAGCGUCCUUCUCCAGUUAAACCUUCAGAUAACUUAAGACCCGAAGGUGAGUUUGAAAAGCGUACAACAGAAAAAUUCGUACCGGCUGAGAGACCCAAACAGAAACGACCGGAGGAUAAUUUGAAACCUGAGGGUGAUUUUGAACGACCGAGUCCAAGUAAAAUUGGACCAGCUGAGAGAAGAUCUCCGAUUAAACACGAUGAUAAUUUACGUCCUGAGGGAGACUUUGAGCGCCCUGAGAAGCCCAAAUACCAACCGGCAGAGAGGCCUAAGCAAAAAAGACCGGAAGAUAAUCUCAGACCAGAGGGUGACUUUGAAAAACGUACUCCUGAGAAGUUUGUACCAGCUGAACGUCCCAAACAGAAGAGACCAGAAGACAAUCUGCGUCCUGAGGGUGACUUUGAACGUCCAUCACCUUCCACGGUUGGUCCGGCUGAAAGAAGAUCUCCUAUUAAGCAUGAUGACAAUUUGCGCCCUGAAGGAGACUUUGAACGUCCUGAUAGGCCCAAAUACCAACCAGCAGAGAGGCCUAAGCAAAAACGACCUGAAGAUAAUCUUAAGCCUGAAGGUGACUUUGAGAAACGUUCUCCUGAAAAGUUCGUACCAGCUGAACGUCCCAAGCAAAAGAGGCCAGAAGAUAAUCUUAGACCAGAGGGUGACUUUGAACGUCCAUCACCUUCCACGGUUGGUCCGGCUGAAAGGAGAUCUCCUAUUAAACAUGAUGAUAAUUUGCGCCCUGAAGGAGACUUUGAACGCCCUGAUAGGCCCAAAUACCAACCAGCAGAGAGGCCUAAGCAAAAGAGACCAGAAGAUAAUCUGAAGCCAGAGGGUGACUUUGAGAAACGUACUCCUGAGAAGUUCGUACCGGCUGAACGUCCCAAACAGAAGAGACCAGAAGACAAUCUGCGUCCUGAGGGCGACUUUGAACGUCCAUCACCUUCCACGGUUGGACCAGCUGAAAGGAGAUCUCCUAUUAAACAUGAUGAUAAUUUGCGCCCUGAAGGAGACUUUGAACGCCCUGAUCGGCCCAAAUACCAACCAGCAGAGAGGCCUAAGCAAAAGAGACCAGAAGAUAAUCUCAAGCCAGAGGGUGACUUUGAGAAACGUACUCCUGAGAAGUUCGUACCGGCUGAACGUCCCAAGCAAAAGAGGCCUGAAGAUAAUCUCAGACCAGAGGGUGACUUUGAACGUCCAUCACCUUCCACGGUUGGACCAGCCGAAAGGAGAUCUCCUAUUAAGCAUGAUGAUAAUUUGCGUCCUGAAGGAGACUUUGAACGCCCUGAUAGGCCCAAAUACCAACCAGCAGAGAGGCCUAAGCAAAAGAGACCAGAAGAUAAUCUCAAGCCAGAGGGUGACUUUGAGAAACGUACUCCUGAGAAGUUCGUACCGGCUGAACGUCCCAAGCAAAAGAGGCCUGAAGAUAAUCUUAGACCAGAGGGUGACUUUGAACGUCCAUCACCUUCCACGGUUGGACCAGCCGAAAGGAGAUCUCCUAUUAAGCAUGAUGAUAAUUUGCGUCCUGAAGGAGACUUUGAACGCCCUGAUAGGCCCAAAUACCAACCAGCAGAGAGGCCUAAGCAAAAGAGACCAGAAGAUAAUCUCAAGCCAGAGGGUGACUUUGAGAAACGUACUCCUGAGAAGUUCGUACCGGCUGAACGUCCCAAGCAAAAGAGGCCUGAAGAUAAUCUCAGACCAGAGGGUGACUUUGAACGUCCAUCACCUUCCACGGUUGGACCAGCUGAAAGGAGAUCUCCUAUUAAGCAUGAUGAUAAUUUGCGUCCUGAAGGAGACUUUGAACGCCCUGAUAGGCCCAAAUACCAACCAGCAGAGAGGCCUAAGCAAAAGAGACCAGAAGAUAAUCUCAAGCCAGAGGGUGACUUUGAGAAACGUACUCCUGAGAAGUUCGUACCGGCUGAACGUCCCAAGCAAAAGAGGCCUGAAGAUAAUCUUAGACCAGAGGGUGACUUUGAACGUCCAUCCCCUUCCACGGUUGGUCCGGCUGAAAGAAGAUCUCCUAUUAAGCAUGAUGAUAAUUUGCGCCCUGAAGGAGACUUUGAACGUCCUGAUAGGCCCAAAUACCAACCAGAAGAGAGGCCUAAGCAAAAGAGACCCGAAGAUAAUCUCAAGCCUGAAGGUGACUUUGAGAAACGUUCUCCUGAGAAGUUUGUACCAGCUGAACGUCCCAAGCAGAAGAGGCCUGAAGAUAAUCUUAGACCAGAGGGUGACUUUGAACGUCCAUCACCUUCCACAGUUGGUCCAGCUGAGAAGAGAACUCCUAUUAAGCACGAUGAUAAUUUGCGGCCUGAGGGAGACUUUGAACGUCCUGAGAGGCCUAAAUACCAACCAGCUGAACGUCCCAAGCAGAAGAGACCUGAAGAUAAUCUCAAACCAGAGGGUGAUUUUGAGAAACGUACCCCUGAAAAGUACACACCAGCAGAACGACCUAAACAGAAAAGACCAGAAGAUAAUCUUAGACCAGAGGGUGACUUUGAACGUCCAUCUCCUAGUAAAGUUGGCCCAGGUGAGAGAAGAAGCCCGAUUAAGCACGACGAUAACCUCAAACCAGAGGGAGAUUUUGAAAAGCGCACUCCGGAAAAGUUCAUUCCUGCCGAACGACCGAAACAGAAAAGACCAGAGGAUAAUUUACGCCCCGAAGGAGAUUUUGAGCGUCCUUCGCAUACCACAGUGGGUCCUGCUGAAAGAAGACGUCCAAUCAAACAUGAUGAUAAUCUUAAACCUGAGGGUGACUUUGAAAAACGCACCCCAGAAAAGUUCACACCAGCUGAGCGCCCGAAACAGAAACGUCCCGAAGACAACUUACGACCCGAAGGGGAAUUCGAGAGACCAGAGAUUAAAGAAAUUGGCCCCGCGGAGAUCCGACGUCCUAUUAAACACGACGAUAAUCUUAAGCCUGAAGGAGCUAUGCUAGUAACUCGUAGGGAUGACUACAAAGUCACUAAAGGCGAUAGGGUCGAUGUGCUUAGACACGAAGACAAUCUCAGAAUGGAGGGAGAAUUUAUCGAUACACGUACCAGAGAUGAUUAUCGCGUCGUAAAAGGCGAACGGUCUGAAAUCGUUAAGCAUGAAGAUAACUUGCAUAUGGAGGGUAAAUUUACUGAUAGAAGAAGCCGAGAUGAUUACACUGUCGUCAAGGGAGAACGUUCUAAAGUAGUAAGACACGAGGAUAACUUAAAAGUUGAAGGCGAGUUUAUUGACCAACGAACUAGAGAUGACUAUAGGGUGGUUAAAGGUGAACGGGCUGAAGUCAUUAUUCGCCAAGAUAACUUACGAAUGGAAGGAGAAUUCAAUGAAUAUAGAAAACGUGAUGAGUUCACCACACGUACUGAAAAAACCGAAGUUAUUCGCCACGAAGAUAAUCUAAAACUAGAAGGUGUCUUUGAAAGGCCGUCACCUACCAUGGUAGGACCAGGCGAACGUCGUAGACCAAUCAAACAUGACGACAACUUACAUCCAGAAGGUGACUUUGAAAGACCCGAUAAGCCUGGUUAUAGACCUGCAGAACGUGUAACUCCCAAGAAGCCUCAGGAUAACCUGAAACCAGAAGGCGAGUUUGAGAGACCCACGCCAUCAAAGAUUGGUCCUGGUGAGCGGCGAAGCCCCAUUAAACACGACGACAAUCUUAGACCGGAGGGCGAUUUUGACAGACCUCAGAAGCCUGGUUACCAGCCAACCGAAAGACCUACUCCUAAAAAGCCUCAAGAUAACCUUAAACCUGAAGGAACUUUCGAACGUCCCACUCCUUCUAAAAUCGGCCCUGGUGAACGUAGAAGUCCAAUUAAGCACGACGACAAUCUCAGACCAGAAGGUGAUUUCGAACGACCGCACAGACCUCAUUACCAGCCUGCCGAAAGACCAACACCUAAGAAACCACAAGAUAACUUACGACCAGAGGGCGACUUUGACAGACCCUCCCCUAGUAAAAUUGGUCCAGGCGAGCGUAGAAGCCCCAUAAGGCAGGACGACAAUCUUAGGCCCGAAGGAGAUUUUGACCGCCCGCACAAGCCUGGAUAUCAGCCAACUGAGAGACCCACCCCUAAGAGACCGCAGGACAAUUUACGACCAGAGGGAGACUUUGAAAAACGCACGCCUACACCAGUGGGUCCUGGCGAAAGACGUUCCCCCAUCAAACACUCAGACAAUCUCAGACCUGAGGGAGAAUUCGACCGCCCACACAAACCUGGAUAUCAACCAACUGAAAGAGCGACCCCGAAGAGACCUCAAGAUAAUUUACGUCCAGAAGGUGCCUUCCAGACUCCGGAAAAACCCAAAUACGGUCCAGGCGAACGGGCUGACAUCGUUCGACACCCAGAUAACUUGAAACCUGAAGGAGAUUUUGUAGGAACGCCCAAGAGUAAAGAUGACUUUAAACCGACCAGAGGAGAGCGUGCUCCAGUUAGGAGGCCUCAGGAUAACUUAAAAAUAACUGGGGAAUUCCAGGAUACCACCAUGGCUAAAAGCCAGUACACUGUAGUAAGAGGUGAGAGGGCCGAAAUCAAGAAACACGAGGACCAUUUGAAGGUUGGAAGUGGCAAAAUGGAAAGCACCACUGUUACCAAGCAAACUUUUGAAACCACCCCCGUGAAGAGCCCUGAAAGAACUGUGGUUGAUAAGAGACGGCACAUGGAGUCACACAUUAGCCUUGGCGAUGACAAGACUUCGAUGCAAACCACCAAUCAGACAAAUUACAAUACUUACGUAAGGAAAGUAGACAGAAAAGUUGUUGAUAAUGCUGAACAUGUUGAAAAACAUACCACAAAUAGAGUUGAGAAGCACGUCAGCAAGAACGUUAUUAAUAAUGUUGAUAAGCAUGUAACCAAUGUAACAGACAAAAAGGUUGUAGUAAGAAAUGGAGAUGUUGUGGACAACAGAGUGGUAGACCGUUCAGCGAAACAAGAAGUAAACGUUUCCCAUGACACCAAGACCCUUGCCGACGGCACCAUCGUAAAAGUCACACGUACUGUAACCAGAAACACUGGCCAAUCCACCAACGAAAUCAAAAAAUCCUCCUCGCAAACUCACGUGCAACAAAACGUUAUCAAUCAACAACAAUCAUCAUCACACCAUCAUCAACAGAACAACAUUAUACACUCUUCAAGCCAAACGAACGUCAUCAACAAGACGGAACAAGCUGGUCAUCACAGAAAGAGCACAAUCAGCUCAGAAGAAAUUAAUAACCAGAUAUUGCACCGCAAGGGUAUGCACACUAGCACAGAAGCUCUGCACGCCACCAGCUCUUCUGCUCUAGACAUGAGGAAAUCCGUAUGUAACUUGCAUGACCAAGGACGUAACGUAGUAAACACUGAAAGGCACAGCUUGAGCUCAAUGCACAGAUCGCACCAAGAGGCUGCUAGCAAUGCUAAUAAACGUAGCUUGCAGUCAACACAGUCGUACCAAGUAGUCGAGAGGCCUCAGAAGGUUGUCAGACGGGACAAUUUGUCUGUAGGAGGUCAUUUCUAUGGCCAAUCGGAGGCCAAGUCUUAUGGACAGUUCACGAAGCAACAGAACGUGCAGAAAGUUGAAAGGGUUACUAGGCGAUCGAAUGUUUCAAAUAUUACAUUAGGUGAUUCGAAUGUGCAUGUGGUCACUUCGUAUAAGAAAGAAUAUGCGCCUAGGAAUGUAGGUCCUUGUCCGGCUGUUUUGGUGGAUGCCCCAAAAGGUCCUUUUAAACAUACCAGAGAUACCAAGAGCCAUAAGUUCUACAUGCCUAUCGUGACCAAGUAGAUUUAGGCCAUAUUAUCAUCAUUCCCAUUUUUUUUAUACCUACUUAUAAGUAGUAGUGAAUAGUUUAUUCAGAGACUGUCAUUAUUAAUCUUUUCUAACAUUGUGAUAAUAAUUUUGUUAUUGUUAUAUUAAUACUAUAUAGUUAUUUUUCUAAUAUAUUUAUAUAUUCUUGCAAUAAAAUGGCAUUUAUUCGCUUACGGUAUCUGGGUUUUAUACUUGUAGGAUAACUGUUUUGUAAUGCUUGCCAAGCUUAGGUGUAAAACCCAAUAAAAUACGUUAAUUUUUGUUUUGUUUUGGUUGUUUAUUUAUUUUCAUUUUCCUUAAGGUAUACGGAAAUUUCAGUUAUCUACAUACUAUUGUUUUUGCUUAGUUCUCCAAGGUAUUCUUGUCGAAACAAAAAUACAAAUUGGAAGAACGCCAGAUGUUAACGAACACAGUCAAAUAAGGAAACUUAUUUCGUCGAAGUGUCAGGGUUAUGUAAAUGGGUAAAUAAUCUAAAUAAAGACAUGAUUUUUAUAUGAUA